CACGACAAUGUGCCUCUCGCUAAGGAGCGCCUCCAUCCCUCCCCGGAAGAGAAGAGGAAGCACAAGCAGCAGCGCCUGGUGCAGAGCCCCAGUUCCUACUUCAUGGCUGCGAAAUGCCCAGGAUGCCAUAAAACCACCGCCAUCUGCAGCCACACACGAACGAUAGUUUUGUGGGUUGGUUGCUCCAUUGCUCUCUGUCCACCAACAGGAGGAAAAGCAAGGCUUACAGAAGGAUGCCCCUUCAGAAGGAAGCAGCACUAAAAGCACCUCAAAUCAAGAUGAGUGGGAAACCACCCC